GGGGCCGGGCGGGGCCUGCGCCGAUCGGGACCAGUCGGCGGCUCCUGCAUCCCGGGCGCGGAGCAUCCUCCGGGCGGGGGCCGUACCGCGGCGCCUCCGCACCGGGUGCCGCAUUCCGCCUCAGCGCGGACCAUGGCGGAGAUCACCAGCGUCCACCCCGGCUUCGAUGUCUCUCCAGUUGUGGCAGGCCUCAUUGGUGCUACUGUCCUGGUGGUUUCUGUCUCAGUAACAGUUUUUGUGUGGACAUGCUGUCACCAGCAAGCAGAAAAAAAGCACAAAACCCCACCGUAUAAAUUCAUUCACAUGUUGAAAGGCAUCAGCAUCUAUCCGGAGACCUUGAGUAACAAGAAGAAAAUCAACCGAAUCCGGAGAGACAAGAAUGGCGCUCCUAAGGAGACUGGGAGGGGAAACCUUUUGGUGGAUGCUGCUGAAUCUGGCUUGGUAGGCUCUGAUAAGGCUCCAGAUGGGCCAAACGCAGCUCCCCACAUUGAUCAGCUUCCGAUCAAAGUAGAUUACGGAGAUGAACUAAGCCCAGAUCAAAGCCUCACUCCAGGAGGAAGUAAAACCUCCUCCCCAUCUUCUCCGGGGGAGGACGUCCUGUUGGGUGAACUGACUUUCUCAGUGGACUACAACUUCCCUAAAAAAGCACUGGUGGUUACCAUCCAGGAGGCUCACGGGCUGCCAGUUAUGGAUGAGCACACUCAGAGCUCUGACCCAUACAUCAAGAUGACCAUCCUUCCCGACAAAAGGCAUCGCGUGAAGACUCGCGUGCUUCGCAAGACUCUGGAUCCGGUCUUUGAUGAAACCUUCACCUUCUAUGGGAUCCCCUACAGCCAGCUCCAGGAUUUGGUGCUUCACUUCCUGGUGUUGAGUUUCGAUCGCUUUUCUCGAGAUGAUGUGAUUGGAGAAGUCAUGGUGCCCCUUGCAGGAGUGGAUCCGAGCACUGGGAAGGUUCAGCUGACCAGAGAGAUCCUCAAAAGGAACAUACAGAAAUGCAUUAGCAGAGGAGAGCUGCAGGUCUCACUAUCUUACCAACCCGUGGCGCAGAGAAUGACUGUUGUGGUGCUGAAAGCCAGACAUUUGCCAAAGAUGGAUAUCACUGGCCUCUCAGGUAAUCCCUACGUUAAGGUGAAUGUUUAUUACGGACGAAAGCGCAUAGCAAAAAAGAAGACCCACGUGAAGAAGUGCACUUUGAAUCCAGUCUUCAACGAAUCCUUCAUUUACGACAUCCCCGUCGAUCUCCUCCCUGACAUCAGCAUCGAAUUCCUGGUCAUCGAUUUCGACCGUACCACAAAAAAUGAGGUGGUGGGACGGCUGAUUUUGGGAGCUCACAGCAUCACUGCAGCUGGUGUGGAGCACUGGAGAGAGGUUUGUGAGAAUCCUAGAAAGCCGGUGGCCAAAUGGCACAGCCUGAGCGAAUACUAGCAGAGGUUGUGGCAGCUGAUCAUAGAACAGACUUACACCUUGUUUUAGCUGUAGAACUAAACUUUCGUAAGAAGCAGCAGCUGAUGGGUUCUCUAGUGAUGUGAUUUUGCAGGGCACUACGAUUCUAAAGAGCAUUAAAUUAAAAAAAAAAAUACCACAAAUAUAUAUAACAGUGUAAUCACGCUAUUGCAUGCCUAAUACAAACUGAAAUUAGUAUAACUACCAAUAUCAAGUCGCAGAUUUUAAUACAAUUAUCUGUCACUAUGGAAGUUGUGUUUGUGCCGAACUGUCUUUGCUGGUAUUCACCAAAAUUGGCCUGUCUUUAUUAGGCUUCUCCCAAAGUUUCUGGAUUCUGCUGUUUAACCUCUAGUUUCUUGUUAGUUUGCCUGCCCAUUGGUUCUUGCAGUUCUCUUCUUUGCUGGUUUGGGAGUACCAACUGCGUUUCCAUUGAAGGUGGUUUAGAAUUCUGCACUAAUGCAAAAGGAAAAUACAGGGGAAAAUGGCACUUUCCUUCAGAGACAAAAAGAAAAAGUUUCUUUAUCAGGUACUAAAAGACUUAUAUUGUGGUAUCACUGCUUUGGAGCUGUAAGGCCACAGCCUCAAAGAUUCGCAUCUAAAAUUCAUACACCAACAAAUGGAUCACUUUGCUUUUGCCACGUGGAAAUUAGCACAGACACGAUCCUCCAGACUGUCAGAAGUGGGGGAAUUCCACUACACUGUGUUUUAUUUAACCCUGUGUGUGAAGGGCCCACCAAAACCUGACACGGCGCUGUUUGUUAAGGAAACUCUUGCUGGUUCUUUUAAACAUUAAAUCUGAAAUUCCACAGGAUUGGUAAGUUCUGGAAUAGCAGCAUAAUGUGACGAGACAGGAGAAUAGCUUGGGGAGAGAGGCAUGAAAGCUUCAUAGAGCUUCCCUUAGGUUCAAAGUGAGUCAAUUUGCAUGAUCUGGGACAGCUCUCCAGAAGGAGUAAUGCAGAGCAAAGUCUGUUCUGACACAAAGUCAAACUGGCCAAGCAGUUAAGCUUUAGAGUUUCAGAGCAGCUCGAGUUCGCUCUGCAAUUGUGGACACGACUUCUGAGACUUGAAACAUGCAUUCUGUCACCUCUGAAAUGCAGCAAUGCUGCUUGAUAAAUGUGGCCUGCAGCACUUCAGGCUGCCAGCCCCUAACACUCAGCAGUUCUGAGCUCACAAAGUUCCACCAAUAUAUAACUGAAGUUUGGAAACAGCUGCAUUCAAUCUCACUUCAAAGUGAGACAACAUUCACCAAGACGUUUUUAGCCAGGAGGAUCUUGGUGAGUAACAUGAUUGGGCUUCUUCCUACAUUCAAGCCAGGAAAGACAUAAGGAUGAUAACUGGCAGCAAAUAAUUAGUUGUAAGCAUUGUUGGUGAGCUGAACGUAAAUAGUCCUAACAAGCAGCAGAAAUUCAAAGCGUUUCUGUGCUCUCCAAUGGAAACACAAAGCAGAGCUGAGCUCGCAGGGAGGCACGCAGCAGACUGCCAGGUUGCAGUGUUCGUGUGGUUGCUUCCAGGCAGGCCGUCUGUUCUGUGCCAUGUGGAAUGUAAAUAGUGUGUUGUAAUUAAACGCUUCUAAGAUCACUGAACUAUUUGCAGGACUUGGCUGUUGAGUUUUAGAGCCCUAAUGGAAAAAUGAUCCUUUCCACCUUCUUCCUAAUGAAAGUAGAAUCACUGAGCAAGUCUUACCCGGUUCCCCUUCCAACCACAAAGUAAAACACUGCUGCUGGGAUGGCUGUUCACGUGCACAGUCAGUGCUUGAUCCAUUGGCAACCCUUUGGCAUCUCUCCCUCAGAAAUUGCUUUUGGAAGGCCGAGUUUUCUCACUCGUAGCCACUUUCUCAUUGAACUUCCUUCUAGGCAAAAUGUCUUUUCAGAAGAGAAGUCACACUGAAGCUGCAGCUCUAUUUCUCAGUCCCGCGUGGCAGACAGAAGCACGGACUUCUGUCUGCGUUUAAUCAAUCCCAAUCACAAGCAUUACUGCCUGAGGUUACAGCAGAUUUUAUCAGUCCCUUACGGCCACAAACCAGAGCUCUCCUUCGGAAACAGCCGUAGGUCUGUCCCAGUCCUGGUUUUUGCACUAAGCAAUCGUGUCGCUCACCUUUAGGAAUCAUCACCACUUUUUCUUUCUCAGAAAAUCCGAUCACCAGAACAGAACAAACCAACACAAAGUUCCCUUUUCUUCCCUUCAGUGUGAGAAGCACGCGUAAGCCUGGAUGAUCUCUAUCAGAUUCCUUUAGCUGAGAAGGAAAGAUGAACUUCUUGUCAAGGAAACAUGCUCAGGGUAAAUAGUCUUAGGCUAUCGGGCAGAUAGGAAUAGCUCCAACGCUUCUGGAAUAAUAGGAAACUGAAGAUGUGCAGAUAUAUAUAUUUUUAAAACGUAAAAUAGACAGUAAGUGCCAGCGGACUCACUGUAAAAUCUCCCAGAUGUGGUUAUUCUUUACCUUGUGUCUUCUAUUGUAAAAUUAACUUGGACAGUUACAGCGUUGUGUGGAUAAAAAAAAAAAAGGCAAAAAUCCUAACUCAACAUGUGUGAAACUGCAUAAUGCUAGAAGCUACUUGACAUUAUGUAAUGCUAUCUUGUAUGUUGGAUUUGUUAACGCACAUUGAGCGUGGAAAUAAAACUUAAAUCACUUUA